GAAACUGGUCACACUGCGGCGUAUAUAACCAGGAAUAAACCGGAAUUCAGCGCGAUUUUUAAAAAGUUUUCGCCUCGAACGGUCGUUUUAAGCGUCGCGGAGCAAGAAGAAGAAUAUACGCACAGCUGUUUGUGACGCGAGUUUUGUUUAUGAAACAUAUCAACAAAAGCUAUGGAUAUUAGUGCCGCACCAAUGCUCGAAUAUAUUCUGUAGUAAAUGUGCAACGAUUUUAUUAGGUUCUCCGUGCAAAUACGUGUUUUAUUUUGUCGUUUACCUUUGGAAACGCGCGCGUUUUUGUGCCGGUUGUACAACUUAUGCAAAUUCAGCGCGUCCGCAGAUAAUUUAUUGUUGCUGCGAGCAAGAAGAAGGUUUUGCUUCUAAAUUAAAACAAUUGCUGGCAAUUGAAAGUGCAAGUGCAUAUUGCGGCGGAAACAGCGGCUUUUUUGCAGUCUCUUAAAGCAAUCUCGUUGCGAAAAGCAAAAGUCACUCGGGCAUAUCAGCACCCAUCGGCCUUGGCCCCCAGCUACCACCUCUUCCCCUCGGCGGCGGCUUUGUUAAGUUGCGUCAUGUAGCCAAGGAGGAGGAUACCAGUAGCAGCAGCACCACAUCCUCCGCCAAGGAAUCGCCAGAUAAGAAGGAUCUCAGCCAGGAGCAGGCAGAAGCUUCGGGAGACUCAUCGCACCCAACGGCUUUGCCACAGUUUCUUCAAGGCGUCCAACGAUCAUUAACCGAGGUCAUGGGCCCCGAUCAGCGGUCUUUGGUGAUUUCGAAGACCGGCUCCAUUGCGGAGCGUUUAGCGGCACUCCACAAAAGUGGCGAGGACGACUGGAAGAAGCGCAUCUCGAAGCGCGACGAAGUCGACGAUGUGCACCGUGAAAACUUCGUAAACGAAUCGCUAUCUUUGGCCCACUCGCUGUCGGACAAACCACUGCCCCCAUCACCUUUGAUACCCACAAGCUUGGAGGGCGGCAAGGUAUCAGAUCGCUUGAGCAAACUGAAGUGCAACUCGGAGAACUGGAAGCAGCGCAUAGAGCAAACGGAUGCCAAGAAGUUCACAGUCGCCGGCCGACUGCAAAAGAAGGCCCAAUCCCCCGUGGAGCUUCAGUUCGAGCGUUCCGCCAAUGAUGCGGCCAAGAAGUGUCCCAUGCUGGAGGUGCGCAGCGCCAAUCAGCCGCAACUGGGUCUGGCCAAGAGCCCCUCCAUGAUGGUCACCUCCAGCACCACCAAUAGUACCAGCAAGACCGCGCUCCGCAGCCUGAGUGUGAAUCCCGAGGAGGAGGGACCAGCCAGCCUAAGCCGCUCCAACAGCAGCAGCUCGGAGUCCGAUGGUGAGCGCAACUCCCCUCAGAACGCCAAGCAGAACAAGGAGCUGGCCAACAACAAGAGUGCCGCAGCAGCCACCAAUGUGGGCGCCAGGAUUCAAGUGCCCCGGCUGGACGACAAGGAGACAUUCGAGAACUUCUUCUCUUCCAAGCCGAAAAGUGAGCAGAACGUUGAGCUCGAGAUCAGCGCCUUCGAUGACAUCAAGCCCACUGAGCGUUUGGUAAGCAAGCGCCACGUGCAGGGUCCCAAAGGUCGACGGGCUGCACGCAAUCCUCUCAAGAGUCUAGCAGCUCGUGAGGACAUAAGUUCUGAGUACACAGAAAUGAGGUCGGGCAUAGCCGAGCGGGAACUACGACGCCUCAAGCUGGAGUCAUAUGGUCAUAAUGCCAACUUGGCUGCAGAGGCCAUAGCCGGAUUAGCCUCCAUUGAGGACUUCAAGUCUGUGGCACUCCGCUCCUCGUCAAUUCCACUGCAGCAGAUGUGGCUGCCCCACAAGCCAGUGAUGUUACUCCAUGUUAAGGGACGCACCCAUGUCCAAACCCGGCUGGUGGAGCCCGUGCACAGCUCCCUGAACCGUGGUGAUUGCUUCAUCCUGGUCGCCGGAUCGCAGCUUUUCCGCUACGUUGGAUCCUUCGCCAACGUCAUUGAGAUCUCCCGAAGCAAGAAGAUCUGCGCUGCCAUUGUGGAGAACAAGGAUCUCGGAUGCACCGCCAGCCAGGAGGUGAUCCUCACGGAUGGCAAGUAUUUGAAGGAGCGCCAGUGGCGUCAGUUCUGGCAACUUCUGGGCAAAAAAGAGGACGACCAAUCCGAUAUAGCCGAAUGCGGUCAUGCCGAUGAGGACGACGUGUUCGAGAGCAGUCUGAUCGAAACUAACAAGAUCUACGAGUACCAGGAUGAGGCCCUCAUUCCGAUGGAGAAAUUCUGGGGCUGCAUCCCCAAGGUGGACAUGCUGGACACGCGCAAGGUUUUGGUCUUUGACUUUGGCAGUGAAUUGUAUGUGUGGAAUGGCAAGAAUGCCCCAUCGGAUGCCAAGCGGGCUGCCAUGAGAUUGGCCCAAGAACACUUUGGUGCUGAGGAUUCGGCGGAUUAUGCCGACUGCUACUUGAAUCCCCUGAACUAUGCCGCCAUUGUGGGUCGUCGUGAGAGCACCAAGUACGCCAAAAGGUGCGCUCAGCGCCCAGAAUGGUGUGUUCUCGGCAAGAUCACCCAGAACAUGGAGACGGUGUUGUUCAAGGAGAAGUUCAGUGACUGGCCAGAGAUAGAGCGCGAGGAUCUGGAGAAGGAUUACCUUUCGAACGGAGUGCAUAUGGUGCGUGCUUUAAACGGAAGCGCUUUGCACAAGGGAGAACCAUAUCAGGAACCCAAUCUGGUGCUCGAGCAGGCUAAUUUGGGGCGUGGCAAUUUCUACUACGAUACGGACACCAUGCGUCACUUCGAUGUGAUCACCAAGUCCACGGACAAAUGGCAGAUACACGAGUUCAACUUUGAUGCGGCCAACAAUCGCGACGACUACGGUCACUUCUACUCGGCGGAGAGCUAUAUAGUGCGCUGGAUCUACCAGAUUUCGGUCACAGUUCGCGAGCUCAGUGGCAAAGUGUCGAACAGGAGCACUGUGGGUCGGGACCGGUGUGUCUACUUCACCUGGCAAGGCCAGGACUCUAGUGCCAACGAGAAGGGCGCGGCUGCUUUGCUGACCGUGGAAUUGGACAAAGAGAAAGGCGCCCAAAUGCGGGUGUCACAGGGAGAUGAGUGCACAGCCUUCGUCCGCCUGUUCCGGCAAAUGUGGCAGCACCGUGGACGCAAGGAGCAAUGUCUGGAGAGGCGCAGCGAGUGGAGACUCUACCAACUGCAGGGCAACGUCAACGAGGAGUCCCUCAUCAAGGAAGUCGUCUGCCAGUCCAGUCACUUGCGAUCCCGCAGCUCCAUGCUGCUAAUUCACGGCAGUCAGGGAAAUGUAAUAGUCUGGCACGGAUCGAAGAGUGCGCCUCACACUCGUAACGUGGCCACAGGGGUUGCUCAAGAUCUGAUCAAGACGGUGCCCAAAGAUCUCUUCAGCGCCGAAGCUGCCAACUUAACUGAGGUGGAGGAGGGUACCGAAGAGGAUCAGUGCAAGAAGGCCUUGGGAUUGAAGGAUGAACGAAAGGAAUACGGCAGCCUGCUUAAGGCCACCAAGUCGUUCGAUUACCAACUAAGGAUCUUCAACUUCUCCAGCACCCAGGGUGUUUUCAAAGCGCUUGAACUGAGCGAUCCGCUGCGCUGCCAGGAUCUGCACAGUGCGUACCCCUUUAGCCAGUCUCAGCUGUACAAUGCAAGGCAGCCGACUAUCUUUCUGCUGGACGACGGCGAUGAGUUGUGGCUCUGGAUGGGAUGGUGGCCUCUGGAGGAUGUGAAGAUAAACACCGAUGAGCGAAGCAGUCCCACCAACGACAAUCGCGCUGGAGUAAAUCGCUGGAUCUCAGAGAGACGUGCUGCCCUGGAGACAGCCGUUGACUAUUGGCGCGCCAAGCACGGCGAGAACGAGAAAGAGCCCUUCCAUGGCAUCAGGGGCCAGGUUGUGUGGGCAGGCCUGGAGCCACUGGCCUUCAAGGCGCUAUUUCCCGACUGGACAGACCGUCCGGAUGUAAGGGAAAUCAACGAAGAGGAUGGGCGAACUGAUGCUUCCAUAUCGAUCGGCACAAUGCUGGCACAAAUGACGCAGACCGAGUAUCCCCUGGAAGUCCUCAAAGCGCGUCCACUGCCCGAAGGUGUGGAGCCCACCCGCCUGGAGGUCUACCUUAAUGCGGAGGACUUCCGGGCGGCACUGGGAUGCAGCCGGGCGGAAUUCGAGCAGCUGCCCAUCUGGAAACAGACCAAGCUGAAGAAGGAGCGAGGGCUGUUCUAGGAGAGAGGCACAAUGCAACUUUAUAGACUUGAACACAAUCACAAAACACAAAUCAACCACUUUUAUAAGCACUUUUUGUAGGCGGCGAUGCUAUUGCAACGGACACAGACAGAUCGGAACUAUCGUAUUCUAUAGGCCUAUAUAGUUUAGCAUAUACACACGUGCGCAUAUCCCUAUAUACUCUCUAUUUUACACAUAUUACAUAGCCUUUAUAUAUGUAACGACUAUUAUGCAAGUGCACGAUGCCUGGCAAUAAAUUUCAACUCGCUUCAUUCGGUA